AUGGUCGAAUCAAAGGUCGAUGUCGAAGAAGGCUCAUCACCUCAACCCCGGAAUACGUACAGCCCAUCCGACAUCGAACGCCUGGGACGUGAGCGGCCAGAGGGUUUUAAGUCAAUAUGGACGGAAUUGGGUUUCUGCUUCGCCCUCCUAGGUUCCAUGUUCGUCACGGAAUACUUCAUCUCAGGCUUCAACGUCCUUCUCCCAUCAUUGGCCAACAGCCUCAAUAUUCCACCCCAGGCUGAGACAUGGCCCGCAAGCGUGUUCUCUCUGGUGACUGGAGCCUUUCUCCUACCGUUCGGGCGUCUUGCGGAUAUGUUUGGAGGCUACAUAGUCUUUAAUGUUGGCUUGGCAUGGUUCUUGGUCUGGUCGAUUAUUGCCGGAUUCUCGCGAAACUACGUUAUGCUCAUCGUUUGUCGAGCACUCCAAGGCUUUGGGCCUGCAGCUUUCCUGCCGUCUGGUAUCAUGCUGCUGGGUAGCAUCUAUCGUCCAGGUCCUCGCAAAAACCUAGUAUUCAGUCUCUAUGGCGCAUUUGCACCCGUAGGCUUCUUUACAGGGAUUUUUUUUGCAGGUAUCUCCGCCCAGUUCAUCGUAUGGAAGUGGUUCUUUUACAUCGGGUCUAUGAUCCUCGCUAUUGUGGUCGUCGCUUCCUUUCUAUGUGUUCCAAACCGAAAACAAGAUCAGACAGCUGGUCAUAUCAAGAUGGACUGGUGGGGCACCGCGACCGUCAUUCCAGGCCUCGUACUUAUUGUCUAUGCCAUCACAGACGGUAGCCACGCACCGAACGGCUGGGCGACGCCAUACAUCCCAGUCACGUUUGCCAUUGGGUGGCUGUUCCUCGGAGCGUUCGUUUACAUCGAAGGCUGGGUUGCUGAACAACCGUUACUUCCCGGCGACAUGUUCAAAGUCCCUGGAAUGAAACCUCUAGCUCUAGCGCUGUUCUUCCAGUACGGGACGUUCGGCAUUUUCAUCUUCUACGCGAGCUUUUACAUCGAAAACGUCGUCGGUGCGAGCCCAUUGCUCACUGCCGCCUGGUUCGUACCUAUGUGUGUUGGUGGCUUGAUCCUUGUCACCGCGGGCGGGCUGGUCCUGCAUCUUAUCCCGGGCCGUAUACUGCUUCUGCUUAGCGGUAUCGCGUUCGUCAUGUCCACGCUUCUCUUUGCAAUUCUCCCUGUUCAUUUCAGCUACUGGGCGUACAUCUUCCCAGCCAUGAUUUGUGCCACGCUUGGCAUCGAUAUUACGUACAACGUUAGCAAUAUUUUCAUCACGACUACUAUGCCCAAGGCAAGGCAAGGUCUCGCGGGCGCGUUCAUGAACAGCCUGCUUUUCCUGGGCAUUGCGGUAUUUUUGGGUUUUGCGGAUCUGGCGGUCAGCGAAACGGAGGGUCGGGGACAGAGGGAAAGUUACAAGGUUGCCUUCUGGAUGGCGACGGCGCUCGCCGGAGCGGGGUUGAUCGCCAUGUUUCUAGGUGUCAAGAUCGGGAAAGCGAAGAGCGAUUUGACAAUCGAAGAAAAGGAGGAGCUAGAGGUGGAGUUGAACAGGAGGGUAACAAACUCAUAA